CCUAGGGGGUAAGAGCAUUAAAAUUCCGUCGGAUCGAAAGGGUUAACCCUCAAACCGUUCUUGUCGAGUCAGAGCUAGCAAACAUUAAAAAGUUUAAUAUGUGUAUCAAUGUGAUAUAUUUCAAAAGAAUCUGUUAGUAAACAAAAAAUUUUAAUUGCACAAGGUAGAUCGUAUCUAUUUUAUAUGCGCGAACUACGAAUAUCAAGUUAUUUUUUAGUUCUCUCCUACUGCCCUCACUACCUUGCUCAGCUUCUCAAGCAUGGCAGGUGCAUCGUAGUGGUCAAGCCCGUUAGGUAAUCCGUCACAAAAAAUGCAGUUCGCUGCCACAGCCGCACCCAAAACCGAGUAACUGCCACUAAUUAAUCAUUCUCGUGUGCAUAUUCAAUACAAAACAAUUUAAGUCAAGUCAGACUUGCAUACGAGAAAGUGUCGUCACUUUUGAUCAGUUGUCGAAGUGAUCGCAAACAGAGAAAUAAUACGAACUGACUCAUAAAACAAUUUCGCAUGAUUUAAUGAAAUGUCCAUGAGACGACCCAACGAUAUUUGAAUAUAUACAUACGUAUGUAGAGAAGUUUGUAUGUAAGCGAUUAGAGAAGAGAGUAACGCACUGUAACAAAAGAAAGUAAAGAAUAAAGAGUGCAGCGAAUUUGUGUAUAUUUUAAACGAAAAAUAUAAACUAAAUUUAAACGAGUAGCAAAACAAGCUCAAAAAUUUAAAGAAACAACUAAAAGUUACAAAAAAAAAAAACUGCAUUAGCAGCAGCAGAAACUCAAUAACAAAAACAGCAAACAUUUAUAACAACUUGUGUUCAACAGCAAGCGCUUUUUAUUAGUAAUUGCAUUGCAAUAGAUUUGCUUUUGAGGAAGAAGCAAAACACUUUGGUUAUUUUUCACUGUCAAGCACAAAAGUACGAACCACUUAGAACAUCAUGGGUUGCACCACAUCGGCCGAGGAACGUGCUGCCAUUCAGCGCUCAAAACAAAUCGAGAAAAACCUAAAGGAGGAUGGCAUACAGGCUGCGAAAGAUAUUAAACUUUUACUACUGGGUGCUGGUGAAUCGGGUAAAAGCACAAUAGUUAAACAAAUGAAAAUUAUCCACGAAAGCGGGUUUACCCCAGAGGACUUCAAACAAUAUCGGCCGGUUGUCUACAGCAACACAAUACAAUCAUUAGUUGCAAUACUUAGAGCAAUGCCAAACCUCAGUAUUCAGUACAGCAAUAAUGAACGAGAGAACGAUGCAAAAAUGGUAUUUGAUGUUUGCCAACGCAUGCAUGACACGGAACCUUUCUCAGAGGAGCUUUUGGCUGCCAUGAAACGAUUGUGGCAGGAUGCUGGUGUUCAAGAGUGCUUCUCACGUAGCAACGAAUAUCAAUUGAAUGAUUCCGCUAAAUAUUUCCUCGAUGAUUUGGAUCGGUUAGGCGCCAAGGAUUAUCAACCAACCGAACAGGACAUUCUACGCACUCGUGUCAAGACGACCGGUAUUGUUGAAGUGCACUUUUCCUUCAAAAAUCUCAAUUUCAAACUAUUCGAUGUUGGUGGUCAGCGGUCGGAGCGAAAGAAAUGGAUACAUUGCUUUGAAGAUGUGACUGCGAUUAUUUUCUGCGUUGCCAUGUCUGAAUACGAUCAAGUCUUGCAUGAGGAUGAAACUACGAACCGAAUGCAAGAAUCUUUGAAGCUAUUCGAUUCCAUUUGCAAUAAUAAAUGGUUCACGGACACCUCCAUUAUUUUAUUCUUAAAUAAAAAGGAUUUGUUUGAGGAAAAGAUUCGCAAAAGUCCAUUGACAAUCUGCUUCCCAGAGUAUACCGGCGGUCAAGAGUACAGUGAAGCUGCUGCGUAUAUUCAGGCCCAAUUCGAAGCGAAAAACAAAUCAACCUCGAAAGAAAUCUACUGCCACAUGACGUGUGCCACAGAUACGAACAAUAUACAGUUCGUUUUCGAUGCGGUAACGGAUGUGAUUAUUGCCAACAAUUUGAGAGGCUGCGGUCUGUACUAAACCAAAACCCGAACCCAGCAAAUCCAGUGCAAGCAAACUAAACAAGUACCGCAUUGCAUUGCAAAGAUCAUUGUCGGGACGCCAUCACCACCGCUCCAACAACAACUACUACUACUUCGGCCACUAUUAACGCUGCAAAUACCAAUACUGCAAAGCUACUAUUAAUUAUUUAAAAUGACAACUCAUCCAAAAACUAACUGCAGAGCGGAGAUUUAAGAAUUUUUAAUUUUUAAUAAUUUGUUUCAAAAAAAUAUCAGCAAAGCAAGACGCGUUUGUAAGCAUUCGAAAAUGGCUUUACAUUUCGGAUGUUUUGGUGACAAACAACACCUACAUAAGUAUGAACUUCUGUGUUUAGUUAAAAUGUUUGCCAUUUUGUUUACAAGAUUUUACUAAAUAUUCAAUGAAAUUAUAUUAAACUGCAACAAAUUUAUGUGAUUAUAAUGCAAUGACGACGAUGAUGGUGAGUGAUGGAUAGCUGGUUGAAUGGUUUGUUAAAGCGUUAAUGCCGUUAAAUUGAAGCCGAAAGCUAAAGCAGCAACAACAGCCGCAGUAGCUAUGAGCGGAAGAGCGAAAUGUACAUUUUAGUCAAGAAAAAAUUAAAUAAAACAAAAACAAAACGCACACA